CGUUGCGGCGCGGUGGGCGAGGCCAGGCGGGUUUUGAGCCCCGCCCCGGCCCGGUCGCUGCCCAUUGCUGUGGCGCCGCGGCCAGCUGCUGCCCCCGGACCUUACCAGGAAACCCCACCAUGGAAGAGACCACAGAAGAACCCCCCACAUCAGCUGUGUUCCUGGAUGAUCGUCAUUUCUCUCAGGUCAUCUUCAACAGCAUGGAGAAAUUCUACAUUCCUGGAGGGGAUAUCACAUGUUACUACAGCCUCACCCAGCAUUUUGUGCCCCGCAGGAAGGACUGGAUUGGCAUCUUUAGAGUGGGAUGGAAGACCACCCGCGAGUAUUACACCUUCAUGUGGGCUCCUUUGCCCACGGACCUAAACCAGGAAGCAGCCAAACAGCAGGAAGUUCGCUUCAAAGCUUAUUACCUGCCCAAAGAUGAUGAGUAUUACCAGUUCUGCUAUGUGGAUCAGGACGGUGUCAUCCGGGGAGCAAGUGUCCCAUUCCAGUUUCGUCCAGAAAGUGAGGAGGAUAUCCUGGUUGUUACCUCUCAGGGAGAGGUGGAAGAGAUCGAGCAAGAGAACAAAGAGCUUCGCAAGGAAAACCAGGAGCUGAAGGACAGCUGUGCUAGCCUCCAGAAGCAGAGCUCAGACCAGCAGGCAGAGCUCCAGAAGAAGCAGGACGAGCUAGAAGCCCUGAAAAGCACCAAACAGAAGCUGGAGCAGGAGGUGCAAGAGCAGCAGGACUGCUGGGAGGCUGAGCUGCUCCUACUGAAAGAACAAAACCUGAAGCUGACCUCUGAGAAUGAGAAGCUGGGAAUAAGAGUGGACCGGCUUCAGGUUCAGCUGUCAACGCAGGAAAAAGAGAAGGAAAAACUUGUUCAGGAAGAUCAAGAUAAAACAAGACAGUUGGAAUAUCUGAAAAAGGAAAAUGAAGAGCUCUUUCUCAGUUUAACCAAACAGAGAGACCACUAUAACAAGCUGGAACUGACAGUGCAGGAGAUGAAGCGGAGAGAAUCCACUGCAGUGAGCAAGCACCAGGCGAUAAUGGAUGAGAACUUUGACCUGUCAAGAAGACUAAGUGAGAACCAGAUGAUUUGUGAUGUUCUGCAGAGAGAAAAAGAACGACUGGAAAGAGAAAAUGAUCUGCUGAAGAGGGAGAACCACAGAUUGUUGAGUUACAUGGGUCUGGAUUGUGAGUCUCUAAGUGCGGAACAGAACUUAGGACUUGCCUUUGGGAACCCAUAUUCCGGCAUCCAGGAAAGUUCUGACCCCGGCUUGAAAUGCAAUGUGUGCAAACCCGAUGCUGCGGAGGAGUUUUUUGACCAUGCCCUGGAGCAGCAGCAACUGCAGAACCUUUGCUUGAAUUGUCCAGUUUGUAACAAGAUCUUCUCAGUGAAAGAGCAGCAGGUCUUCGAAGACCAUGUGUUCUGCCACUCACUCUAAGUGUCUUGGAUGUCUCUUGUACAAAGAUUCCUAGAGGAGAACCUUUCACUUCUACUCUGGGUUAUGGCCCAAGAUAGCGUGUGUCACCUGAAAUGAUUAGGGAUGGGCUGCACCCACUCCAUCUGUGAAAGGUGAAGUCACAUCCGUGAUCUAAAGCGGGAGGGCUGUGACUGCCGUCCUGUGGGAGUGCUUGAGGAUGUAACUUCCACCCAGUUACUUCCCGGCGGUAGGCUUCUACUCCUUGAUCACCUAGCCGAGCUAUGUCCGCUCUCACCAAUGGUUGGUCUCAUGCCAGUAGACCCAGAAGUCUGCUGGUCCCUGGAAUGGAAAGGACCUGGCUAUUCAUAACCCAUCUGAGUGGUUUCGAGAUUGGUUUUAAAGUGUCCCCUGUCACAGUCCGGCCUCGUGCUCAGUUCUCACCCCUAACCCUAGGGCUAACCAGAGCUUUAGAAGUUCCUCUUCCUCCUCCUCCUAUGGCGCCUUCCUUCAACUGAUUGCCUUAGCUAAGCCAAAAGUAACGCAACAGAAUUCUGGCAUCCCAUUGGAUACCAAAGGUUUCUCGUAUUGAUUUCUCGGGUCUUCACAGAGCAUCUUAUUUCUGUCGUGGACAGGAAAUAGUACUUCAAUCACAGAAAGCCUUCUUUGUUACUAGAUGCCUCUUCUGGCAUUUUCCUAUGCACAUAACUUUUAUCGCUGUCCUUGCUUAAAUUGUUAAAAGUUGUUAGGAACUAUGAGUUUGCAGCUUUUCCAGCAGGUGAAUUUUGACUGUGGAUAAGCCUGAAUAAUGAAAAUUAUUGUUAAUUGCUUUAAUACUAAAAAUAAACUAGUCUUCUAUUUGA